AUCCACUUUAUGAUUUAAUAGUAUAAUCAUAAUAACCAGCUUUGAUUUCAGCUGAGACUUGACAUACAACCUAAUCAUCCCAGAAACUAAUUUCAUCUGGAUACAAAUCUUAAACUGUGAAUCUAUCACAUCUAUUUGCUCCCAUGAAUUGUCCUUCUAAAUAUUAAACAAGAUUGCUUGAGACAGCCCAUUUGGCUCUCCAAUAACUUAGACUUCUUGGAUAGUUUGAUCUUGGAGUAACAUAAAAUAAUUUUGGUGUGUAAUGUUGAGAGUAACUAAAAAGACAUUUAGAUGAAAUUGAUCCACAUACUGAGUCUGGUUUACCUAAUACCUUGACAACAAUUUAUAAGCCAUAUAAGUUAUUAUCAUUUGGAUCUGGAUUUGUUGUUUUACAGUUCAUGAAUAACCCAUUAACACCUUUAUCAGAUAUUAUACAAGGGUAUUUCCCUACAUAAACUGCAUUGUUGCUAGCAGUCUAAUCCAAUCCUUAAACCUAGAUUAAUAAUUAUUUUCUUACUUUCAUAUAAAUUGUUGUACCACCCAUAGUAGAACCUUAAAGGGAGGAAUUUUCCUGUCCUAAAAUAAUUGAUGCAGCUAAAAUCAUCACUGCAUCAGAAGUUGAAUCUUUUGAAGCAUCCAUCAUCAUUGCUAUAAUGUUAUUUGAUUCAUUACCUUCAACAUUACUGCCUAAUAGCAUAAGUAACAAGCUUGUAAGAGCUAUGAUUAACAUCUAUUUGUUUUAUAAAAAAUAAUGUUCUUCUACAAAAUUCUAGAGCCCUUUUAUACCCCUAAAUAUCUUGAUUAAUCUCAGUUUUAUUUUGCACAUACCCAAAACAUUAUACUGUAUCCUGUUUAAAUAAUUAUAGGAAAAAAAGAUUAAUAGCUUAUAGUAGCGAUUUUCAUCUAAUUAGGAGGACUUUGUAUAUUUAAGCAAAGUUUGA